AACGACUUUUCCCCGAAAAAGGUGCCCCAGAUCGCCGAUUUGCCUCUAAAUUUGUUAUUUGGCCUGCUCAAAAUCAAAUGCGGAUCAAAUAAGCCGCUAAACUCCAAUUUUCCCCGGACCCAGCUCCCGGUCAGACUUUCGACCCCCUUGGGACCCAAUUUUGGGAAAAAUAAAACCACACCCGACGUUUUUCAGAGAGGUCCUGUGAAAUCGUGGAAACCUAGAGGAAGAUUGAACCAUCACGACCUUUUGCAUUUAUGUCAAUCGAGUUUAUCUAGAACAAUAAAGCACUUUUUAAACAACCUAGUUCCCUUGAGCUCUUAA